GUAGCCCCUGCUGCAGACAGCACGGCCUGCUGGGACCUGCGUCUCGCAGUGCAUGCCGGGAUGCCCAGCCCCAGCCAGCCGACAGCGGCCCUAGUCCACGGACGGAUGGGCGCAGCAGCCAAUCAGAAGAGGGAGCGUGCGUGGCCGGCGGAAACGGAAGUGAGGUUUCCGUGGAGACAGCCGAGCCUGCGGAAGGCGGCGCCGGCGGUGGCACCUGCGAGCGGAGGCUGGGGCAGGGCAUGGUGGCUCCCAGUGCACUGUGAGAGCUGAGCGGCCGCGGGGUCCGCCAUGCGCCGGCGGCCCUGACAUGGGCGCCACCGGCUCCAAAGCUCGGGGGCUGUGGCCCUUCGCCUCGGCGGCGGGGGGCGGCGGCCCGGAGGUGGCAGCGGCGGGUGCAGAGCAAGCUUUGGUGCGGCCUCGAGGCCGAACCGUGCCGCCCUUCGUAUUCACGCGCCGCGGCUCCAUGUUCUACGAUGAGGAUGGGGACCUGGCUCACGAGUUCUAUGAGGAGACAAUCGUCACCAAGAAUGGACAGAAGCGGGCCAAGCUGAGGCGGGUACAUAAGAAUCUGAUUCCUCAGGGCCUCGUGAAGCUGGACCCCCCUCGCAUCCACGUGGACUUCCCCGUGAUCCUCUAUGAGGUGUGAGCCUGGGGAGUAGCAGACGCAAGUACCCCUGCCCCAGCAAGACACCCCAGGCUCAAGGUGCAGCUUCCAGUGAGGAGCCCAGGUGGGGCCACAGCCCUGAAUAAACUGUUGGCCCAGCACCUUCAGCUGUGAGCAGGGCUGUGCAGUGUUGACUGGGAAAUCGGGUUGUAUGUGGAGCAGGUGGGUGGUGGCUGGCAAAGGCUACUUGUGGAGUUAGCAGCCCACCCUCCCCAGCCACUCCUGCAGGAAGCAUGGCAGGGCGUCCACUGAUCAGGAAAGCCUGGUGCCUGGUUCCUUGCCUGGCCUGCUUUCUUCCAAGCUUGCCCAGGGCCCAGCCCUGUUAGAAGCUACAGCACUUUAUAAGCAAGAUCUGCCUUCCUCCAGCCCCCGGGCUGUGGGGGCUACACAAGUGGGAGCUUCCUUCCCCGCACUUCCCUUCCCUCUAGUCGGAGCAUUUCAGCCGUUUGCUACCUCGAUUCCUCCUGUGUUGGACAGAGACUGGGGGCAGCACCAGCCCGAUUCUUCCUGCCUACCUGCCACUUGUUCCCACCCUCGAUGAACGGAGAGUUUGCAGGCUGUUGAUAGGAAUGGAGACUGAUCCUUCCCCCCGCCCCCAGCUGAGAGCGCACAGGCCAGGGUGAGGAGGGGCUGCACCUGUGCCUGUGGGGAGUUGCCCAACCCACCUAUUCUCAUCCCCUCUGCCUUUGCAGCAGCCCCCCGACCCCCAAGUGGGAGGGGGCUGUUUACUACUCUGUGGUAAGGGACAAAUCCCUAGGGCUGAUCCCUGGUACAAGAGCUGUGAGUAACCCACCACCCCCUCGAAGCCCUGGACCUCUUCACGAUCAGCAAGACUAAGUACUGGAUAGAAAGGAGGGGAAACGCGCAAAGAAAUACUUAAAAUGUGAAGGUUUGUAAAUAGUCUAGUCCAGAACGAUGUUGGGGCAGAGUCUGGUUUCUCUAGAAAGAUGACUUUUUUUUUUAAUUCCUUACUGUGUGAGCUCUGUGCUUCCAGAGUGUGGGAAAUGACUUGGGGAGGGUGGCGCCCAGCAUUGGAAGACUGUUGUGUUAUUUGUUCAAGUUCAAUAAAGUUAUUUGUAGAUCCUGCA